UUCUAAUUCUAAUGAAACGCGGAGAUGUAUAUCGUCUCUCCCAUUCGAUCGACGGCGGUGACGCCUUAGCUUCUCCAUGCUAUCUGAAACGGUCCGAUUAAUUGAGCUUCUCCACGCUAUGCAUCUCUCUUUUUAACUCCAUAGACGCACAUCAAGCCAGAGUCUCAUUCAAUGCGACGCUAUGUAUCCCUCUUCUCCUCGACACAAAUGGCUUCUUCUUCAUCCAAAUCUAUCUGUAGUGGUUUGGGAUUGUUUGUUCUUAGACCUGUUUUGAUAUCCUUAAGAUUGAAUUUUUGUACUGGCCAAGUACUUGGUGGUGCAGGAUCGUUCUCCAGUGAAGUUCAGAGCGACGAAUAUGGUUUGAUGUCGUACUCUUCUGGGACACACCGAAGUUGCAUCUUAUUGGUUACAUAUAUUCUGCAAAUUAUAUCUUUUUAUUCCUCCAGGGCAGAGAAGGACAAUGUUUAUACAAACACAAUCCACUCUGAAUCCUUCUUCUCUCAUGUUUUAUCCUGGAAAGCCAGUCAUGGAAGGUGUGGUUCGAGUUUUCUUUGGGUCUGAUUUCGUCACUGUGACAAAGUCUGAUGAUGUGUCAUGGGAUAUACUCAAGCCUGAAAUAUUUGCAGCGGUCAUGGAUUUCUACUCUUCUGGCCAGCCUUUGUUUCUGGACUCACAAGCUGCUGCUGCCAAGGACACUGCCAUCAACGAGGAUGCCUCUGAGACGGUAGCAAUGGUCAAGGAACUCUUAGAAACGUGCAUCAGACCAGCAGUCCAAGAUGAUGUUGGGGACAUUGAGUAUUGUGGGUUUGAUCCUGAAAGCGGAAUAGUGAAGCUGAGGUUGCAAGGGGCUUAUAGCGGUUGUCCAAGCUCAUCUGUUACUUUGAAAUCUGGAAUAGAAAGCAUGCUGAUGCAUUACGUACCCGAGGAUUCGACUUCAUGAUCGAUGAACUCAUGGAACCCAAAACAAAUGGGGAUGGUGCAGCCAAAAGGUGGUUCAAGGGUAGCGCAUGAUUUAAGUAUUUACUUAAUAAUGAAAGAUGAUUAUGAUCCCAUCUGCGUUCUUCUUUUUGUGUACAUCUUAAGACUCAAUGUAGUUUUAUUUUACUUACUUUAAUAAUAAAUGUAUAACAAACAUUGAGAAUGUAAACUAAUUGCAUUAAUGAAAAAACAAAUAGUGAAGAUUGACAUUA